AUGAAGAUGGCGGACGCGAAGCAGAAGCGGAACGAGCAGCUGAAGCGCUGGAUCGGCUCCGAGACGGACCUCGAGCCUCCCGUGGUGAAGCGCCAGAAGACCAAGGUGAAGUUCGACGAUGGCGCCGUCUUCCUGGCUGCUUGCUCCAGCGGCGACACGGACGAGGUCCUCAAGCUGCUGCACCGCGGCGCCGACAUCAAUUACGCCAAUGUGGACGGACUCACUGCCCUGCACCAGGCUUGCAUUGAUGACAAUGUUGAUAUGGUGAAGUUUCUGGUUGAAAAUGGAGCAAAUAUUAAUCAACCUGAUAAUGAAGGCUGGAUACCACUACAUGCAGCUGCUUCUUGUGGAUAUCUUGAUAUUGCAGAAUUUUUGAUUGGUCAGGGAGCACAUGUAGGAGCUGUCAACAGUGAAGGAGAUACACCAUUAGAUAUUGCUGAGGAGGAGGCAAUGGAAGAGCUACUUCAAAAUGAAGUUAAUCGGCAAGGGGUUGAUAUAGAAGCAGCACGAAAGGAAGAAGAACGGAUAAUGCUUAGAGAUGCAAGACAAUGGCUAAAUAGUGGUCAAAUAAAUGAUGUCCGGCAUGCAAAAUCUGGAGGUACGGCACUUCACGUUGCAGCUGCGAAAGGCUAUACAGAAGUUUUAAAGCUUCUAAUACAGGCAGGCUAUGAUGUUAAUAUUAAAGAUUAUGAUGGCUGGACACCUCUUCAUGCUGCUGCUCACUGGGGUAAAGAAGAAGCAUGUCGAAUUUUAGUGGACAAUCUGUGUGAUAUGGAGAUGGUCAACAAAGUGGGCCAGACAGCAUUUGAUGUAGCAGAUGAAGAUAUUUUAGGAUAUUUGGAAGAGUUGCAAAAGAAACAAAAUCUGCUCCAUAGUGAAAAACGGGAGAAGAAAUCUCCAUUAAUUGAAUCAACAGCCAAUAUGGACAAUAAUCAGUCACAGAAGACCUUUAAAAACAAAGAGACAUUGAUUAUUGAGCCAGAGAAAAAUGCAUCCCGUAUUGAAUCUUUGGAACAAGAAAAAGUUGAUGAUGAAGAAGAAGGAAAGAAAGAUGAGUCUAGCUGCUCUAGUGAAGAAGAUGAGGAAGACGACUCAGAAUCAGAAGCUGAAACAGAUAAGACAAAACCUAUGGCUUCUGUAACUAAUGCCAAUACAUCUAGUACACAAGCAGCUCCUGUAGCUGUUACAACACCUGUGUCAUCUGGUCAGGCCACACCUACGUCACCUAUUAAAAAGUUUCCAACCUCAGCUACAAAAAUUUCUCCCAAAGAAGAAGAGAGAAAAGACGAGUCUCCUGCAUCUUGGAGGUUAGGACUUAGAAAGACUGGCAGUUAUGGCGCACUUGCAGAAAUCACAGCAUCUAAAGAGGCUCAGAAAGAAAAAGACACUGCAGGUGUUAUACGUUCAGCUUCGAGUCCCAGACUCUCCUCCUCUUUGGAUAAUAAAGAAAAGGAGAAAGAUAGUAAAGGAACUAGGCUUGCAUAUGUUGCACCUACAAUACCAAGACGACUAGCCAGUACAUCUGACAUUGAAGAGAAAGAAAACAGAGACUCAAGUUUACGAACGAGUAGCUCCUACACAAGAAGAAAAUGGGAAGAUGAUCUCAAAAAGAAUAGCUCAGUUAAUGAAGGAUCAGCUUACCAUAAAAGUUGCUCCUUUGGUAGAAGACAAGAUGAUUUGAUUAGUUCUAGUGUUCCAAGCACCACAUCAACACCAACAGUUACCUCUGCAGCUGGGCUUCAGAAAAGCCUGCUUUCCAGCACAAGCACUACUACAAAGAUUACAACGGGUUCUUCCUCAACAGGCACACAAAGCAGUACCUCAAAUCGUUUGUGGGCUGAGGAUAGUACUGAAAAAGAAAAGGACAGUGUUCCUACGGCAGUGACCAUCCCUGUUGCUCCAACUGUUGUAAAUGCUGCAGCCUCAACCACAACCCUGACUACAACUACUGCUGGCACUGUCUCCUCCACAUCAGAGGUCAGGGAGAGACGCAGAUCAUACCUCACUCCUGUUAGAGAUGAAGAGUCUGAAUCCCAAAGAAAAGCGAGAUCUAGACAAGCAAGACAGUCUAGAAGAUCAACACAGGGAGUAACACUGACUGAUCUUCAGGAAGCUGAAAAAACAAUAGGAAGAAGUCGUUCUACCCGAACCAGAGAACAAGAAAAUGAAGAAAAAGAAAAAGAAGAAAAAGAAAAACAGGAUAAAGAGAAGCAAGAAGAAAAGAAGGAGUCAGAAACAUCUAGAGAAGAUGAAUAUAAACAAAAGUACUCCAGAACAUACGAUGAGACUUACCAGCGUUACAGACCAGUAUCCACUUCAAGUUCUACCACCCCAUCCUCUUCACUUUCUACCAUGAGCAGUUCACUCUAUGCUUCAAGUCAACUAAACAGGCCAAAUAGUCUUGUAGGUAUAACUUCCGCUUACUCCAGAGGAUUAACAAAAGAAAAUGAAAGAGAGGGAGAAAAGAAAGAAGAGGAAAAAGAAGGAGAAGAUAAAUCACAACCUAAAUCAAUCCGAGAACGACGACGACCAAGAGAGAAAAGGAGAUCUACGGGAGUUUCAUUUUGGACACAAGAUAGUGAUGAAAAUGAACAAGAGCAACAAUCAGAUACAGAAGAAGGAUCCAACAAGAAAGAAACUCAGACGGAUUCCAUUUCUAGAUAUGAAACCAGUUCCACAUCAGCUAGUGAUCGGUAUGAUUCCUUAUUGGGUCGCUCUGGAUCAUACAGCUAUUUAGAAGAAAGAAAACCUUAUAGUAGCAGGCUAGAAAAGGACGACUCAACUGACUUUAAAAAGCUUUAUGAACAAAUUCUAGCUGAAAAUGAAAAGCUGAAAGCACAGCUCCAUGAUACGAAUAUGGAACUGACAGAUCUUAAAUUACAAUUGGAAAAGGCCACCCAGAGGCAAGAAAGGUUUGCUGAUCGGUCACUAUUGGAAAUGGAAAAAAGGGAACGAAGAGCUCUAGAAAGAAGAAUAUCUGAAAUGGAAGAAGAGCUCAAAAACCUGCACCAAAUAAAGCAAAUUCAGACUCUGAGAGAGUUAAAUGAACGACUGCUGACUGAGAAUAGGGCCUUGACAAGAGUGGUAGCCAAGCGCUCAGGGUUCUGUAGGCAACUGCAGUCUGUGAACCUAUAACUUGUAGUUUCAUCAUUUCUUCUUGGUAGAGCCAGGCAGGUGUUUUUGUAUUAGUAAGCGUGUCUUGAGCUCACUUUUACAAAUUAAUGCCAUUGUGUCUGUAGCUUAUCUUACAACUGUUAAUUAUGCAUGGCUUCUCAGAAUGUUAGAAAGUGUCACUAAUUGUAUAUUCUGACUGAUAAACUAUAGUGAAUUUACAGAACGGUUUAGGGAUUUAAAGACUUGUCUGCACUUUUGCAAAAGCUUGUGCACAUUUUUGGCUCUACAGAUAAUUUAUGGAUUAAAACUAUGACCAUUUAAAAUUCUUGACUAGAAAGAAAAAGGAACGUAAACAGUGUAACAUGUAUUUUACAUACAAUUAAUAUGUUGAAGGUGACGAUUAAACAUGUUUUAUCUGUUUUUCAAAAUGAUGUCAUUUUCACUCAGAACCACUUCAGGUAAUAUUCACUUAGUCCUUUACAGUGGUAUCCUGAUACAUAAACUUCACAUUACUGUAUUUUAUAACCAUAUAUUCUGAAAACAAGAAUUGAUUCAUUCCACAUAAAUUUAAACUCUUCAUAAAGAUUUUGCUUAAGGUAAUUUUGCCAAGUAGAAGUUUUACUUUUGUCUAAUUUUACAAUCUAGUACAUCUUGAAAGCUGAGGAAAGGUAGUAGAAAACUAUUUCCAGUGUCUUGCAAAGUAUGUUAGUGUCCAAAGUAUAAACUGUUCUACUUCCUAGCAAAUCUGGCAGAGCACAUGGAAUUUAAGUCAUUCUUAGUAGAAAAUCCAGUUUACUGUAACAUUUUCACCCCCUCCUUCAGUUUGUCUAUAGAACAGAAAAUAGAUUUCCUUUGAGGACCUGAGCGUGUGUUUUUCUCUUUGUUCCAAAUACUGGUUGUUUUUUCAGUGCUUAGAUAUUUUCAUAAAUAUAUUUUGGCUUAUAAGUUAUUUUAUACUAUUCCAAUAAUAGGAAUAAUUGUUAUCGUUUAAUGAGCACCUAUCUUGGAUCAGACACUGUAGUACAUGCGUAAGCUUAGUACUACAGUUGAAUCCUUUAAGGAAUUCUAAUAAUUUAGAACAAGUCUAACUCCCUCAAAACUUCCCUAAAUAGGCUGGUUUUCUUGUGGAAUAAUAUUUAAGGUCCGAUGUAAAUAAAGUAAAAGGCUUUGGUUUAGGUGCUGAUAGAAGUCUUAGAGGAACUCCCUUUGAGAGCCUAUCCUAACAAAAACAGGCUUCAUUUUCUUGGCUGCUCUAAUACAGUGUGCUUGUGAGUCAUAAUAUCAAGUGAUUUAGUACAUUCCAAAUGAUAACUUUGGGAAAAUAAACUUCUCAUUCCAUCAUUUAUUAAACUAAUUAGCGUCACAAAUCAAGUUUUUUCUUUCUUCUACGUUUUAGCCACUAGAAAUUUAUAUAACUGACAAAGCUUGUUCAUGUGUCUUGUGGUGAAAAUAUAAAAACACUAAGGGUAACAUUUUUAUCUUCCUAUUGAAGUAAAACCUUUUCUUUUAUUUUUACCC